AUGGCCGUUGAUAUUGUGAUUUCCUUGAUUGGAAAAAUUGGAGAGUUCCUGGUUGAGCCAAUCGGACGAAGAUUUGGCUAUUUAAUUCACUACAACAGCAGCGUCGAGACUCUUAAAGACCAAGUUCAAAUACUAGAGGAAGUGAGGAAAGAUGUCCAGGGAUCCAUUGAUGCAGCGAAAGGAAAGGGUGAAAUAAUAAAAAAUGAGGUUCAAAACUGGAUAUCGAGAGUUGAUGGGGUCAUAUUGGAGGCUAAGAUAAUUUUGGAAGAUGAUGCCGUUCCAAACAAGAGGUGGUUUAACAAGUGGUAUCCUGAUUUGGCUUCACGCUAUCGGCUAACCAGAGAAUCGGACAAGAAAACGGCAGAAAUUGAAAAGCUAAAAGGAGAUGGCAAGUUCAGUAAUGUUUCCAAGCCUGCAGCUUCCCCAGAGUUAGUGUCAAAGUCUCGAGAUUUUGUUCUUUUUGAAAGCACUAGAGUGGCUAUAAUGGCCCUCAUGGAGGCAUUGGUGAGCGAUGAAAUCAAUUUCAUUGGGAUACAUGGAAUGGGCGGUGUCGGUAAAACAACGUUAGUGAAAGAAAUUGCAAGAAGGGCUAAAGAAGACAAUCUCUUUGAUGUUGUUGUGAUGGCUGUAGUGUCACAGACCGUUGAAGUGAAAAACAUUCAGCAGCAGAUAGCAGACAUGUUGGGUUUGAAACUUGAAGAGAAAAGUGAACAAGGAAGAGCAGGUCGGUUGCAUGGUAUACUGAAGAAUGUUAAUAAGAUCCUUGUUAUCUUGGAUGAUAUUUGGGAUACCCUUGAUCUUGCUGCCAUAGGUAUUCCAUUUGGCGAUGAUGAUGAUCAUAUCGAUCCUAAAAAAAAUGUGAAUCGUAAAGUUCGUAAAAUUGUUGUCACAACACGACGCAGACAAGUAUGCAAUUCUAUGGCAACUAGAAUUGAGACUUCGAAGAUCAUCCAUCUCAAUGCUUUAUCUGAAAAUGAAUCAUGGGGAUUGCUUAAGAUGAAUGCUGGUGAGCUUAUCGACUCUCCUGAAUUGAAUUCUGUAGCGAAGGAGGUCUGCAGAGAAUGCGGAGGUUUGCCAAUAGCCCUUGUUACUGUGGGAAGGGCAAUGAGAGGUCAAGACCUGGAAGAAUGGAAAGAAGCUGCUCUAGAACUUCAAAAAUCUAUGCCCUUCAACAUUGAGGGCAUGGAUGAAGUCGUGUAUAAGUGCCUUAAGCUAAGCUAUGAUCACCUGAAAAAUAAGGAAGCUAAGUCAAUGUUCUUGCUGUGCUGUUUAUUUCCCGAGGAUUACAACAUCUGUAUAGAGGUUCUAGUGAGAUACGGGAUCGGACUGGAAAUGUUUAAAGAUGUUCUGACGAUACAGGAGGCAAGGAGACGAGCACAUUCUAUCACAAAAAAUCUCAUAGAUUCAUGUCUAUUGCUAGCAGGCAGUGAAACAGGCUGCAUCAAAAUGCAUGAUGUUGUACGUGAUGUAGCAAAAACAAUUGCAUCUGAUAUUUAUUUUGUGAAAGCUGGGGUAAAGUUGUUGGAGUGGCCAAAUGUGGACACUUUGAAGCAUUAUACUGGGAUAUCAGUAAUGCACAACCAGAUAACUGGAUGUCCUGCCGCCUGGGACUGCCCAAACCUCCAUGUAUUGUUGAUGCAAGGCAACUGUAUUGAACAGCCUGUGCCAGAAGGAGUCUUUAAAGGGAUGACAGCCCUUAAAGUUUUCGAUCAGAGUGAUAUUUUCUCGAAAGGCGAUCCUUACCUUUCGAGGAAACUGGACCCAGAAUUUUCUUAUCUAACAAAUCUUCGGACAUUAAUCAUUAAAAAUUGCAGGCUUGCUGCCCCAGCUGCAAUUGGGAAGCUGAAAAUGCUUGAAGUUCUUAGCUUGGCACAUUGCAAGCUCCUAGACGACCUACCACAGGAAAUAGGGGAAUUGACAAAUAUAAGGUUGGUUGAUUUGGAAGACUGUCAGCAUAGCAGAAAAAAAUUCGAUGCCACAUUCCCUCCAAAUGUAAUCUCAAGGUGGUUCCGAUUAGAAGAGCUGUACUCAAGUUCUUACUUGAGAUACACCAGAGAGCACGUAGCUGAGCUGAAAUCACUGUCCCACUUAACCACCUUAGUAAUGGAGAUCCCUAAUUUCGGAUGUAUACCUGAAGGUUUCAGUUUUCCUGAACUGGAGGUUUUCAAAAUAGCUAUACGCGGCUCUAUCCAUCACAAACAACCAAAUUAUCUUGAGGUUUGCGGUUUGGUCAAUGUCAGGAAACUUCUCGCUAUUCCUUCACUAGGUUGUGUCCAACCAUUACUGAAGAGGACACAGUAUCUAAAAUUGUCUUCCUUUAAGGGGCUAAGGAAUCUUUUUCCUUACCUAUUGUCAGAUAGAGAUGGCUUGUCUGCCUUGAAAACUCUGGAAAUUUCUGAUUCUGAGGAGAUUGAAUAUUUGAUUCAUAGUGAAGAAUGGAAGAUGCCACUCCUUAUAGAGCAGCAUCAAGACACUUGUUUGAUGCACCUGGAAAAGCUAGACCUUCAGCGUUUGGGAACCUUUAAAGGGUUAUGCCAUGGUGCACUACCAGCAGAAAUGUCCUUGUCUUUGCAGAAACUCAAGAGUUGUAAGUUUUACAAGUGCCCGAAACUGUCUAAUGUCUUUGCUUCAUUUGAAAUGCUGCAACGGUUCGAUGAACUUGAAGAGCUUUCAGUAGAUUCAUGUGAAGCACUAGAGUAUGUAUUCAACCUCAAAAUUGAAAAGCCUGUAUUUGAGGAGAAAAAGCUACUGUCCCAUUUAAGAGAACUUGUACUAUGUGAUUUGCCAGCAAUGAAGCGCAUAUGGGACGGCCCUACUGGACUCCUGCACCUGCAUAAUCUACAAAUUGCAGACAUUCAAAACUGCAAGAAACUGAAAGUUCUCUUUGAUGCUUCUGUUGCUCAAAGUCUUCAACAAUUGAAACACCUGCUGCUAAAAGGUUGUGAUGAACUGGAAACAGUUGUUGCAAAGGAAUCUCAACGACAAGAUGGAGGCGUGACAGCUGACAUUGUCGUGUUCCCUCAAUUAGUAGAGCUUUCACUACUCUACCUUCCUAACCUUGCUGGUUUUUGCUUGGAUAGCUUGCCUUUCAAAUGGCCAUCCUUCAAAAAACUAGAGGUUCGUUGGUGUCCUAAGAUGAAAACCUUUGCUGCCACCUUGGAUUCAGAUGGAAACCAAAGCACACCAAAGUUGAACCAGAUCAAAUUGGAUGAUGUUGACAUGAUACUUAAUGGAAGGAGCUUGAACAUGCUCAUCCAAAAGUACUCCGAGGCAAGUUUUUGCAAACGAAUUUCAAGGACGAAGAAGAAGAGAUUGCUGCCAAGGUGCCAUUCCCUCAGUUGCCAACCCUUCAGCUACUCUAUCUUCCCAACCUUGCUGGUUUCUCCAAGCAUAACCUGCUUCUCAGAUGGCCUCCCUGGAAACUGUAGAGAUGCGUCAUUGUCCCGAAAUGAAGGCCUUUGCUACUUCUGUGGCUCUCCAUGGAAACCACAGAACGCCAAACUUGAAGGAGAUCAAAUUUCUUCUUCCUCAUAG